AUGGCCGGCGGCUCCGGUGACGGGAAGGGUUUCGAUUCCUUAUUCUUUAAUUUUCCCUUUGUUUUCUGCGAUGAAGACUGCCUGCUGACUGAGCGCACACGAUUACUCGGCUCUGUGAUGGCUUUGCGGGCUUUAACCCACCCAACCAAAAUCAAUGUUCUUCGAAAUUUUAGAUUUGAUUCGAAGUUUUCUUCUUCUUAG